AUGAAGGCAGCUCAGGAUCGUCAAAAGAGUUAUGCGAACAGACGACGCCGAGAUUUGGAGUUUGAUGUGGGUGAUCAUGUUUUUCUCCGAGUCAUGCCGAUGAGGGGUGUUCGACGUUUUGGAGUAUCUGGUGUGCUGGUGGAAGAAGCAGCUUCAAGGUUCCAACCACAGGGAGUAUACUCAUCUGCAAUGGCAACCCACCUGAGCUGGUUUCUGCUUGGCCUCCUCGUCCUGGCUGCGGCCAACGCCGAGUAUCUCGUCUCCGACAAGUUCAACCGCUCCAGCUUUCCCGAAGGGUUUCUGUUCGGAGCAUCAUCGUCUGCUUAUCAAUACGAGGGCUCACCAGGCACGCGAGGCGACACCAUAUGGGAAGCUUUUGUUCGCGACUUUCCAUAUAAAAUAGCGGAUCGUAGCAAUGCGAAUGUGACUGACGACUUCCUUAAACACUACAAGGAGGAUGUGAAACUAAUGAAAGACAUUGGGAUGAAUGUUUUCAGAUUUUCCAUUUCUUGGGCGAGAGUAUUACCCAGUAAGUUUCUUUUUAAUAAGCCCUCGGAGUAUAGGUGGUCGGAUGAACAAUAUGCUGGUGUCAAUCUGGAAGGUGGUGGGGUAAGUGGAGGAGUGAACAAAACAAGAGUUGACUUCUAUAAGAGUCUCAUCGAUGAGCUUCUUGCAAAUGAUACGCAUAUAGGUAUUCAACCUUUUGUCACACUUUUUCAUUUUGACCUUCCGCAAGCCUUAGAAAAAGAAUGUGAAGGCUUUUUGAACCCCAACAUUACGGAUGACUUCAAGGACUAUGCAGAAUUUUGUUUCAAGGAAUUUGGUGGUAAGGUCAAGCAUUGGAUAACCUUUAACGAGCCAUAUGUUUACAUUUUGAUGGGUUAUGACUUGGGCGACAUGGCACCGGGACGAUGUUCUGCAUGGAGAAUUAACAAUUGCCCAGAUGGGAAUUCUUCAACAGAACCUUACAUAGUUGGUCAUAAUAUGCUUAUUGCUCAUGCAAAAGCAGCCAAAGUGUACAUGGAGGAAUACCAAGAGUCCCAAAAAGGAGAAAUAGGAAUAACUUUGGCUGUCGGUUGGAUGUAUCCUUACUCUAAAAAGUUCGCAGACAAAAAAGCAGCCAAUCGUGCACUUGACUUUAUGUAUGGAUGGUUUAUUCAUCCAUUGGUUUACGGCGACUAUCCGCGAAUCAUGAAAGAUCAUGUGCGAGAUAGGUUACCAAAAUUCAAUGAUUCAGAAGCUACGCUGUUGAUAGGGUCUUACGACUUCAUUGCCCUAAACUAUUAUAGCUCAAACUAUGCGGUUCAUGUGCCCCGUCAUCAUAAACCUGCCCAUCUUAGCUUUUCAACUGAUGAUUUGGCUAUUUUGACAAGUGAGAAAGAUGGAAAGCCUAUUGGUAAACCGCUUGGAAACACGUAUAAGGUACCAGAAGGACUUAAAAAAAUAUUGAAUUAUACUAAAAACCAUUACAAAAGUCCGAGAAUGUACAUUACAGAAAAUGGAUUAGGUGAUAGUAACGAAAUAAUUGAAGAAGAUACCAAUAAUCCAGAAAAGACCUGUAUCAAGGAUCCAGAAAGGAUAGAGUACUACCGUGCCCAUCUUUCGGCUCUCAAGGAGGCUAUUGAUGAUGGUGUUGAUGUGAAGGGUUUCAUGGCUUGGUCUCUUCUUGACACUUGGGAAUGGAGUUCUGGUUUCACUCUCAGAUAUGGUCUCAUUUAUGUAGAUUAUCAAAAUGAAGUUAAAAGAUGCCUGAAAAAGUCUGCAGCUUGGUACAAGAAAUUCCUACUUCAUUAAUAAGUUGAAUGAUUAAAAGACCUGAAGUGAUUUCAUUUGGUGUGUUGGUUAGUUUUGUCAUGUUAUCAAUAAGUUGAAGAUCAGCGUGUUCUUAUAAAUCUUCACUCUAAUAUUGAGUUGUAUUAAUAAAUUUUUAUAAUGUAAUUGUGUGAGCAAUUCUCUUCUCAUGUAUUAUGUUUGUGUUGUCCUUGAAGGUUAAGCAAUAAUAAUUUUGG